UACAUGUAAAUAGCAGAUAUAGGACCCACCAACUCGGUGAACAAAGAGAAGAUUGAAUACCUAAUGUAAUAGAAUAACAAGAUCAAACCCUGAAGACGUUGAUAAGAAUUAGCUUAUUCCUGACAGGGGCGAGAACGCCUUCCACUCAUUCGAAGUCUCAAUUAUCUUAACUCUUCUCAUCUUUUAUUCUUUCUUCUCCAUUUCUCUUUUUUGCCAUUCCGCUUCCAACUUAAAUAAUGCAUUGUACCCCCUAUCGUACUAGAUCGACAGGUACCUGUAUGUGUUUAUAAACUACCUGUUCAUACAUCGGACGUCUUCGCAUAAAAUCUCUUCUAGGUAUCAUAUAUUUGAUUUACGACCUUAACUUCUUUAAAAUAUAUAUUUACGAUUUCAAGACACCUCAGGUCUAGCAAAUAAGGUAGAAGGAUAAUAAAAAGAAAGAGAAGACGAGGGAAAGGAGCAGAGAGAGGAAUAAGCAAACUUGGACCAAGACUAGAAUCAAGACUGGAUCCUCAAAAGGACGGGGGGAAAGCACAAUAUUCACAGAAAAGCAAAAGCAAUGGGCGAGACCGAAGAACAAGGUCGGCGCCUUAGCAUCGCUCAAGAUGCAGCAGCGCUAGCGCAUCUCGGUCAUAAGCAGGAGCUUAAGAGGAAUUUCUCCAUGAUCUCUAUGCUUGGGCUCGCCUUCGCCAUCCUCAACACCUGGACCGCCCUCGCUGCGUCCAUCUCAGUCGCUUUGCCCUCGGGCGGUCCUAGUUCUGUCGUCUGGGGUCUCAUCGUGGCAGGUAUCUGCAACCUGUGUCUGGCCGCUUCGCUAGCCGAAUUCCUUUCCGCCUACCCGACUGCCGGGGGACAGUACCACUGGGCCGCCAUCGUCGCGUGGAAGAACUGGAGUAGGAGCAUCAGUUAUGCCACUGGUUGGAUCAACGUAAGCGGAUGGGUCGCGCUGACGGCCACGGGAGGCUUGCUAGGGAGCACGUUCAUCAUCAACAUCAUCUCGCUGCUGCACUCCGACUAUGAGACCAAGUCCUGGCAUCAAUUUCUGAUCUAUAUCGGGUUUACCUUCAUAGCCCUCUUCAUUAACGCCUUCUCGACGAGGCUAUUGCCCUUGUUCACCAAGGCCGCCUUCUUCUGGAGCCUGACAGGGUUCGUCGUCAUCAGCAUCACGAUAUUGGCGUGCGCGUCGCCAAACUACCAGAGCGGCGCCUUCGUCUAUGGUGAAUUUAUCAACGAGGUCGGAUGGCCAGAUGGCCUGUCAUGGCUGCUAGGGUUGCUGCAGGGCGCAUUUGCGCUCACUGGUUUCGAUGCCGUGGCUCACAUGAUCGAGGAGAUUCCGCAACCGCAUAUACGUGGCCCAAGGAUCAUGCUUUACUGCAUCGGUAUCGGGAUGGGAACAGGUUUCAUAUUUCUGUCUUGCCUGCUCUUUUGCGUUGACAACAUCGACAACGUGAUAGAAUCCAGCGCCGGGCCCCUGCUACAGAUUUUCAUGGACGCCACCAAAAGCCCCGCGGGCAGCGUAUGCUUGCUGAUGUUCCCUCUCGUAUGCAUGCUUUUCACCGCGACAACAUUAAUGACGACGAGCAGCCGGAUGUCAUACGCGUUUGCGCGAGACCGCGGGCUUCCGUUCAGCCAUAUCUUUGCGCAGGUUCAUCCGAAAUUAGAUGUGCCGCUAAACGCGCUGCUUUGGACGGCCGCCUGGGUCGUCGUGUUCGGGUGCAUCUUCCUCGGGUCAUCGAGCACCUUCAAUGCCAUCACGUCGGCAUCAGUCGUCGCACUCGGCGUGACGUACGCCAUCCCACCGUCCAUUAACGUGCUGCGAGGCCGCAGAAUGCUACCGGAGAAUCGCGCGUUCAAGUUGCCUGGCAUGGCGGGUUGGGUUAUGAACCUGGUCGGAAUAGCUUGGACAGUCCUGACGACUGUUCUAUUCGUCUUUCCGCCCGAGUUACCGGUUACGAGCGAGAACAUGAAUUACUGCGUCGUUGCAUUUGGUGUCAUCUUAAUCAUUGCCAUGCUCACAUGGAUCUUCGACGGUCGUAAGAAUUACACGGGGCCACAUGUCGACGUUGAAGGGCUAGAGAAGGGCAAGAUUGAGGGCGUGGAAGCAGUGCUAGAGCACGCAGCCGAGUCUGAUUCAAAGGCCGCAGCUUGAAUAAGUCUAGGUGCAGAGGUUCUAGAUAAGCGGGUCUCCUUACCUUCAAUGUUAGUAGGUUUAGAUGAAGCUGUACAUAGUCACACCAUUUUUUGUCAAUGCAAAGGCGUGGAAUCGUAUAAAAUGCACCGGUGAUCACAAUGGAACUAGGGGCUAUUUUCACAGCAGAGUAUGUAUGCUACACAUCAUAGGCAUCCCCAAUAUAUCUACUUGGGGUCCAAAUAGGUAGGAUCCUCCAAGGUGACGACAAGGACAACGAGGAGUAGCGUCGGAAUACACCUACGUAGGUAGUUAUAAGGUAUGUAGUUAUAAGAUAGAUAUGUAGAUAAACCUUGAAGUCAAAUGAGAC